UUGGGGACGAUUACGAACCUCUAUUCAGCUAUUUGCGUCAAAUGUAAGGAACCUGUCAACAGACAAAAUCCUGGAUGCAAAGCACUUAAUCAGAUUUUCCAUGUCAAGUGUUAUACUUGCAAAAAGUGUAGCAAACCUCUGGUCGGUCUAACAUUCUACAACAUCGAUAACAAUCCCACAUGCAGUGAUUGUUACAAUCAAACACUCGACAACUGUGCUAAGUGUCACGAGAAGAUCACCGACAAAAUGCUAAAAGUUAACGAUUUGACGUACCAUGUACAAUGUUUCACAUGUAAAGACUGCCAAAAAUCACUGGACGGUGUUCCAUUCACCGGCGACAAGGAAAACGUCUACUGCGUCCAAUGUUUCCAAAAUAAAACCGCUCCACACUGUGCUGUCUGCAAAAAGCCGAUCGUACCUCGUGAAGGAGAGAAGGAAACCAAACGAGUAUUCAUUCUGAACAAAUCGUUCCAUCUAGAGUGCUUCAAAUGCGAACAUUGCAGUAAACAAUUAAAUUGUGAGGGCGAAAGUGGUGGUUGCUAUCCACUGAAUGAUCAUAUCUACUGCAAAGAUUGCAACGUUAAACAUGCGCGCAACAAAAAACAACAGGAAGCAGGGGCAAAAAAGUGA